AUGGAGAACAGUUGGGUCUUCGAUCCGUUGGGGCACCGCCCUCACGGCAUCUCCGGCGGCGGCGACUGCGCCGACUUCCUCUCCGAAUCCUUCUCGGCCGUCUCCGCAUCCGCCGCCGUCCGCUCGCCGGAGUCUCUGUCCUCGAUCCCGCCUCCCGGCCGCGAACCGACCGGCGGUCGGGUCGCCAAGAAGCGCAAGUCCCGGGCCUGCAAGCGCUCGCCCACCACCUACAUCGCCGCCAGCCCGGCCAACUUCCGCGAGCUGGUCCAGCGCUUCACCGGAAACAGGUCCGCCGAAGAGAUGGAUUCGCCGCUGCCGCCGCCGGCAUCAGCGGCGAGCCGUGCUCUUCCGGAGCUCGACUUGUUGUCGGCGUACGAGCCGGCCGGCUUUUUUGCGCCGGCGGCGUUUGGGUCGGAUCCGGCUCUUGCGGAGCUCAACCAGUUGCUUUUGGCGGCGUCGGGUUUUCCUGCACAGGACUCGUGGGAAGUUAUGUGA